CCGGCCCGCCCCGCCGCUCCCGGCCCGGCCCGGGGAGCCGGUGCCCAGCGCGGGGCGCUGAGCCGAGCCGAGCCGAGCCGUGCCGAGCCGAGCCCCGCGGGGCAGUCACAGUCCGCCGCCAGCAUGCCGCUCGCCCAGCUGGCCGAGCCCUGGCCCAACAUGGAGCUGGUGCAUCUGGACACGGAGAAUGGGCAGGCUGCUCCAGAAGAAAGUGGGAAUCCUCCAUCCCAGGCAAAAUCAGAAAUCACUUGGAUAGAGAAAGACCUUGAGGACUCAGCAGACAAGGGUGAAGGCGUUGUGAAGGAAAUCAACAUCACGCACCAUGUGAAGGAGGGCUCCGAGAAAGCCGACCCUUCGCAGUUUGAGCUUCUGAAGGUUCUGGGCCAGGGCUCUUUUGGCAAGGUUUUCUUGGUGAGAAAAAUAACACCGCCAGACAGCAACCAUCUCUAUGCCAUGAAAGUGCUCAAGAAGGCAACACUGAAAGUGCGUGAUCGUGUAAGGACAAAGAUAGAAAGGGAUAUCCUGGCUGAUGUAAACCAUCCCUUUGUGGUGAAACUCCACUACGCAUUCCAGACAGAGGGGAAGCUCUAUCUCAUCUUGGAUUUCCUCAGAGGAGGUGACCUUUUCACUCGGCUUUCCAAAGAGGUCAUGUUCACAGAGGAGGACGUGAAGUUCUACCUAGCAGAGCUGGCUCUGGGGCUCGACCAUUUGCACAGCCUGGGAAUCAUAUACAGAGAUCUCAAACCGGAAAACAUCCUCCUGGAUGAAGAAGGACACAUCAAACUCACAGAUUUUGGCUUGAGUAAGGAGGCUAUUGACCACGAGAAGAAAGCCUAUUCCUUCUGUGGGACGGUGGAGUACAUGGCACCAGAAGUUGUGAACCGUCAGGGGCACUCCCACAGCGCUGACUGGUGGUCCUACGGGGUGUUAAUGUUUGAAAUGCUCACUGGCUCGCUGCCGUUCCAGGGGAAAGAUCGUAAGGAGACAAUGACCCUCAUCCUCAAAGCAAAGCUGGGCAUGCCUCAGUUCCUGAGCUCUGAAGCACAGAGCCUCCUGCGAGCCCUUUUCAAAAGGAAUCCAGCCAACAGAUUAGGUUCUGGUCCAGAUGGGGCAGAAGAGAUAAAGCGCCAUCCUUUCUACUCCACUAUUGACUGGAAUAAGCUGUACCGAAGAGAAAUCAAACCGCCCUUCAAGCCUGCAGUAGGCCAGCCCGAUGACACCUUUUAUUUUGACACAGAAUUUACAUCACGUACACCAAAAGAUUCCCCAGGCAUCCCCCCUAGUGCGGGGGCCCAUCAGCUCUUCCGAGGCUUCAGUUUCGUGGCGACAGGAUUGAUGGAGGAUGGCAAGGUGAAACCUGCCCAGCCCCCUCUGCACUCGGUGGUACAGCAACUGCACGGCAAGAAUGUCCAGUUCAACGACGGCUACGUGGUGAAGGAGGCGAUUGGCGUUGGCUCCUACUCAGUGUGUAAACGCUGCAUUCAUAAAGCAACCAACAUGGAGUACGCCGUCAAGGUUAUUGACAAGAGCAAGCGAGACCCUUCUGAGGAAAUCGAAAUCCUCCUGCGAUAUGGGCAGCAUCCCAACAUCAUUACCUUGAAAGAUGUUUAUGAUGAUGGGAAGUAUGUGUAUCUGGUGACUGAGCUGAUGAGAGGAGGGGAGCUGCUGGAUAAAAUCCUCAGACAGAAAUUUUUCUCAGAGAGGGAGGCCAGUUCGGUCCUGCACACGAUCUGUAAAACGGUGGAAUAUCUGCAUUCUCAAGGGGUAGUUCACAGGGACUUGAAACCCAGCAAUAUUCUCUAUGUGGAUGAGUCAGGGAACCCCGAGAGCAUUCGCAUUUGUGACUUUGGCUUUGCCAAGCAGCUGAGGGCUGAGAACGGCCUUCUGAUGACUCCUUGUUAUACUGCAAACUUUGUGGCACCCGAGGUACUAAAGCGGCAAGGCUACGAUGAGGGCUGUGACAUCUGGAGCCUGGGAGUUCUCCUUUACACAAUGCUUGCAGGCUGCACUCCAUUUGCAAACGGGCCCAGUGACACUCCCGAAGAGAUCCUGACCCGAAUAGGCGGGGGGAAGUUCUCAGUCAGCGGAGGCAACUGGGACACCAUUUCUGACAUGUCCAAGGAUCUGGUAUCAAAGAUGCUUCAUGUAGAUCCUCACCAGCGCCUAACAGCCAAACAGGUCCUGCAGCAUCCGUGGAUAACUCAGAAGGACAGCUUACCCCAGAGCCAGCUGAACCACCAAGACCUUCAGCUUGUAAAGGGGGCGAUGGCUGCCACGUACUCUGCACUGAACAGCUCCAAGCCAAGCCCCCAGCUGAAGCCCAUCGAAUCUUCCAUUCUGGCACAGAGGAGGGUGAAGAAACUUCCUUCCACCACACUGUGAAUCCGGGGCAGUCUGCAGCAGCGCGGUGCAGUGCAGUCACCAGACUUUGCACGACCUACUGAAGACGGGGGGCAGGAAACUGAGCGGUCAGUGCCUGCAAAGGAGCCCCCCCAAGGACUUUUUCUCAAAUCCACAUCAAGGCCAAGUGCCUUCCGCCCCAAAAGACUCGUUCCUCCUUGUGUGGACUGAUCUUUGCUGAGAGAACUUCACUGUAAAACUUUUUUUCAAGUGUAAAUUGUCAAUUUUUAAAGACAUCCAUCUGUGUAUAUGAGAACUAGAAUGUAUAACUGAUGUCAAGUGGCACUAAAAAGCAGCUCUGAUUCACCCUUUCCCGUGUAGGGCCAGAUAUUUGUUGUAGCUACAUCAUUUCUUGGAAUUGAUCUGUUUCAACGCCAAUGCAGCUGGAAGACUGCAGAAAGUUUGGGUUAUAGGCUUUGGGUUUUUCCUCCCUUGAAACUCCGGCUGCCCUUCCCAAAGUCAAACUUGGAGACUCCUAGCCAGCAGUACUUGUGUUUGUAAAGGCCUCCCCCCCCCUCACCUCACAGUGCGUGUUCAGAGUGUAAGGUCGGUUUUUCAGACUGUUUCUUCCUUUCUCUUCUGCCCUCCCCUGGGCCACGCAGCAGUUCUCUGAACAAAAUAAACCCCGUGUUUUCCAGACACUCCUGUAGAUGCUCAGAUCUCCGGAAUACCUGCUAGGUUUGGCUCGUCCCUUCCCCCUGCCCUCCCGUCUUCAUGUGAACUCAUCCCAGGGCUCCCUGGGGAUCCUGGUGCCCAGGCAGGUGUGGACAACAACGAACCUUCUCCUCAGCAAAGCUGGGGCUUUGGGCUGGCUCUUACCAUCGUUGGUUUUCCUUUCACUCUUCAGGAAUCUGUGAAACAAAGCAUCCUUUUUUUAAUUUAACUUUGUUCUACAGCUGGUAACUCAGGGUUUCUUUCUGGAUUGUACAAUAAACGUGUCAUUCGGUUGACAUUA